GUGCGACCAAGCGCGCUGCUGGUGCAACAAAAACAAUCUAGACCUUCGAAUAAGCUCGAUGACGCGGUGUGCAUCUACUCGAUGUACUUUUGCCAACAUGAAUACGAUGACGGACAUGUCAACAAUCUCCGCCAUCCAGGUCCUGUAUUGUGAUGAUAAAGGAUUUUCUCCAGCGGGUAUGACCUUGCCGAGCACUAUUGAAGCAAUUACUACGGCGAGUGGUGCAAUGCCGACGACUCAGGCGGCUACAACGACGAAUCCAGGAUCGAGGCAGACGUUUGGGGGUCCAACAAGUACCUCUGCACCAUCCUCCUCCACUUCCUCUUCCCUUCUCAGCACCGCCGCCAAAACAGGCAUUAGCAUCGGUGUAACCGCCUGCGCCCUCCUUGUCGCACUGAUCAUCAUUCUCCUUUGCCGACGACGCCGCCCAAAACCAACAUUCUACCCGCAACCACCGUCACAAAACCCGCAAUUCCAACCCCCAAUGGCGCCAACGCCGUACCAAAACACCCCGCCGUUUAGUCCACCGCAGUUCGCGGCCCCAGCGCCAUUGAUUAUUCCGCAGCAGGGGCAACAGCAGGGUAUUCUUGCUCCGGAUGUCAGCCCCAUUGAUGAGAAAGCACCACCGCUGGUUGGGGUGGUGAGGAAGGAGGUCCCUAGGUCCAAGGAUGAGUUCUCCAGCCCCACUCCUCCUCCACCAGCACAGACUCCUACCACGCAACGGCAACUAGAACUUCACGGCUCAGUCCCACCGCCGCGGCAUGAGGUUGUUAAUGACGGGCAGGUCACGAAUACAGUGAGCACACGGGGGAUGGAGUUGGAUGGUCAGCCGCAGUCACAACCACAUUAUCAGCAGAGUGCGCAAGGACCGUGGCAAUAUCCUCAGCAUGCGGCGGGAGGGCAGGAGUUGGAUGGGAAUCAGACGCAGAGACACGAGUUAUAUCACCAGCAAGGCGUGGUAGGGCAGGAGUUGGAUGGGAAUCAGAGACAUGAGUUGCCGCCUCAUGGUCAAGGGUAUGGGUAUGGGAAUGCGUAUGGGCAACAUAAUAGGGGGACUUAUGAGAUUGGAUCUGGACAUUAG